AUGCCCCAGAGCCCCGAAUCAAGCGCGGAGGAGGAGGAGCACCUCUCCCAGUGCCCCGAGGGGGAGUCGGGCUCGGAGAGCUCCCGCGAGGGGCCCAGCCCCCCGGCCAGCCCUGCUAACCCUGCCCACAAUCAGUCCAUGACGGUACCUGAGGACGCCCACUUCAGUAUGAUGGUCUUCCGAAUUGGCAUUCCCGACCUGCAUCAGACGAAAUGCCUGCGUUUCAAUCCGGACGCGGCCAUUUGGGUGGCGAAGCAACAGAUCCUCUGCACUCUCAACGAAAGCCUGAAGGACGUGCUGAACUACGGGCUCUUCCAGCCAGCCACCAACGGGCGGGACGCCAAAUUCCUGGAUGAAGAACGGCUCUUGCGCGAGUACCCACAGAGUUUUGAGAAGGGAGUGCCCUAUCUGGAGUUCCGCUACAAGACUCGAGUUUACAAGCAGACCAACUUGGAUGAGAAACAGCUGGCAAAACUCCACACUAAGACGGGGUUGAAGAAGUUCCUGGAGUACGUGCAACAUGGAGCAGCGGAGAAAGUGGCGCGGCUCCUGGACAAAGGGCUGGACCCCAACUAUCAUGACUCCGACACCGGCGAGACGCCUUUGACGUUAGCCGCCCAGUUGGAUGGGACCAUCGACGUGAUCCGGUUGCUGUGCCUUGGCGGUGCCCACAUAGACUUCCGGGCAAGGGAUGGAGCCACCGCGCUGCACAAAGCUGUGUGCUCACACCACUAUCCAGCCCUGAUGGCACUCCUGGACCUGGGCGGCUCACCCAAUUACAAGGACCGCCGUGGGCUCACUCCGCUCUACCACACGGCCAUGGUGGGAGGCGACCCGCGCUGCUGUGAGCUCCUGCUCUACAAUCGGGCCUACAUCGGCACCACCGACGAGAACGGCUGGCAAGAGAUACACCAGGCCUGCCAACAUGGACACUCCCAGCACUUGGAACACCUGCUGUUCUACGGCGCUGAGCCAGGUGCGCAGAACGCAUCCGGGAAUACGGCACUGCACAUCUGCGCACUCUAUAACAAGGAGAGCUGUGCCCGCAUCCUGCUAUAUCGGGGAGCGAAUAAAGAGAUCAAGAACAACCAUGGUCAGACUGCCUUCCAGGUGGCGGUUAUUGCAGGGAACUUUGAGCUGGGGGAGCUGAUCAAGAGUCACCGGGACUCAGAUGUGGUCCCUUUCCAGGAGACCCCGCAAUAUGCCAGCCGACGCCGGGACGGCGCCCAGAGCUUGGCCGUGCCGCAUACCUUGCUGCGAGCCAACAGUGACACGAGCAUGAACCUUCCCGACUGGAUGCUCUACGCCCCGCCGUCCACCCCGUCGGCCACGGUGGCCGUGCAGGGCCAGAAAAUCACCACGGGCACCCUGCGCAGUUCCAGCAGCCCCCGCGGCGCUCGCAGCCGCUCCCUGUCACGCGGGCGCCACACCGAGGAGGCAAAGAAGCAGCGCGGUCGACCCAGCUCCAGUGGCUACCAGAAGGAGGCAGCCGGAGGGGGCAGCACGCUGAGUAGCCGGGGUGUGAAGCGGAAACUCUAUUCGGCUGUGCCUGGCCGCACGUUCAUGGCUGUGAAACCGUACCAGGCCCAGGCCGAGGGUGAGCUCCCCAUCAGCAAGGGCGAGAAGAUCAAGGUGUUGAGUGUUGGGGAAGGCGGCUUCUGGGAGGGACAGGUGAAGGGCCGUGUGGGCUGGUUCCCCUCGGACUGUGUGGAGGAAGUGCCCAACAAGUCGCAGGAAGGGAAACAAGAGAGCCGCAGUGACAAAGCCAAGCGACUCUUCAGGCACUACACGGUGGGCUCCUACGACAGCUUCGAUGCCCCCAGCCUUGUUCAUGGCUUAGAGGAGGGAGCUGACUACAUCAUUAAAGAGAAGACGGUGCUGCUGCAGAAGAAGGACAACGAAGGAUUUGGAUUUGUGCUAAGAGGGGCCAAGGCGCAGACCCCAAUUGAGGAGUUCACACCCACGCCUGCUUUCCCUGCCCUACAGUACCUGGAGUCUGUAGAUGAAGGCGGCGUGGCUUGGCGUGCCGGUCUGCGCAUGGGGGAUUUCCUCAUUGAGGUAAACGGACAGAACGUGGUGAAAGUUGGUCACCGGCAGGUUGUCAACAUGAUUCGACAGGGCGGCAACAACUUGAUGGUGAAAGUUGUCAUGGUAACCCGGAACCCGGAGAUGGAGGAGGCCAUGAGGAAGAAAGGUACCACGCAGACGAGGCGACUGCCCCCUCCAGCCAUCUCCCUUCGCUCCAAAUCCAUGACAUCUGAGUUGGAGGAAAUGGUCUCCCCCUGGAAGAAGAAAGCAGAUUACGAGCCAGCGAUGGGCACUGAUAAGAAGCGGACUGUCUAUCAGAUGGCUUUGAACAAACUGGAUGAGAUCCUGGCAGCCGCUCAACAGACUAUCAACGUAGGGGAUGGGUGCGGAAGCAGCGGGCUUCCUUCCUUGGGGAAGACCCGGGGCACCGGCAAGAACUAUUUCUCCUCUGAGCCCAGUUUUGAACAGCAUCGUCUUGGCCAAACCAGUUAUGAGCGCCCGUCAUACUUACCAACCAGCCAUCCCGCGGGCGUGAUGCUGCGCCAGAAAUCCAUUGGAGCCGCAGAGGAUGAUAAGCCCUACCUCGCUCCCCCUGGCAUGAAGUUUAGCCGCAGCCUUUCGGUCCCUGGUUCCGAUGACAUCCCGCCGCCUCCAACCACUUCCCCACCUGAUCCCCCCUACAGCAGUACCUCACCCUCCGCGUCGGGACGUGCCACGCCCUCCGCUCGUUCGACCUUCAAUCCCAGCUCCGAGGCGAAGUUGUAUUCCGCCUCCCUGCACCAGGAGCCGCCGUACGAGCCUCCCCCCCGCAUCCGCGACAAGAUGUCCCUCUACCGCCAAGAGUCCGAGCAGGGGGCGGAGGGAUCCACUGCCCGCGGCUGGCGGGGCCACACCCCUGACCUGCGCUACUACAACCUGCCCCCCCGGGCUACCAACACCGCCAUGUACGUUCCCACCAAGCACAUGCGCCGGAAGGGCCCACUGGUCAAGCAGACCAAAGUGGAGGAUGAGCAGCGGCAGCAGCAGGGCGCCACCCCUUCCCAGAUGCAGCCCGCGCCCUCCUCGCAGCCCGCGCCGCCCGCGCCGCCGGAGAAGAGCUCGAUCCCGAUCCCCACUAUCAUCAUCAAAGCGCCCUCGACCAGCAGCAGCGGCCGCAGCAGCCAAGGCAGCAGCAUGGAGGCGGAGAGCCAGCCGGAGCCGGUGGUGCCCGUGCCGUCCCUCCAGCUCCACAACAGCAUGGAUUUCACCAGUCAGUUUGGGGCCGCCUUGGUCGGAGCGGCCCGGCGAGACCGCGAGUGGUACAGUGAGGCCCGCCGCAAGUCCGCCCUCUUCCUCUCCACCGAGCAGCCGGAUGACGAGUCCCAGCAGGUGCCUGUGCCCCGUCUCCGCCACUCCAAAUCCAUUGACGAAGGCAUGUUCUCCAGCGAGCCGUACAUCCAGCUGAACAUGACUCCUGGCUUUGGUGGCUGCGGCAGCAGCUCCGGUUACCUCCCGUCCCGUGCCGCCAAAACGUACGGAGCCAGCACUACCAGCGCCUUCACCUCCGUGUGCUCCAGCUUCCUGCCGCAGCUCCAGUCCCAUUCGACACCUCUCAUUCACCCGCUGACGGGCAAGAUUUUAGAUCCCGGGUCCCCCUUGGGGCUGGCGUUAGUGGCUCGUGAGCGGGCCUUAAAGGAGUCCCAGUCCCAGCAGGAGAGCCGGGAAGACAGGCACUCCCGCCCGUCCUCGCCCCGGUUUGGGGAGGCUCCGAAAACACCCGAAUCUCCCGGCAGCUCCAUCUUGCGCCUCUGGGGGACGUCGGAGCAGCAACAUCACCACCACCACCAGCAGCGGCCGGCGUCGCCGCGGAAAGAGCCCGAGAGCCCCCGUCACCCCUCCUCCGAGCAGCAGCCUCCGACCUUGGCCAAAGCCGCCCCGUGGGAGAAACGGCCCGAGGAAGGGGAGAAGAUGGAGCUGCACGUGCGUUUCAUGGAGAACUGCCGCCCGACGGAGGAAGAGGAGGGGGGCCGUGAGAGUGGGAAGGCCGAGGGGGCUGCUGCACCCACGGAGCGCGUGGCCGAAGAAAACGGGCUGCCGCUGCUGGUGUUGCCCCCGCCCGCUCCUUCCAUCGACGUCGAUGACGAAUUCGUCUUCACAGAGCCGCUGCCGCCGCCCCUCGAGUUCUCCAACAGCUUCGAUAAGCCCGAGUCUCCCCGCAAAGCUGCUAAUGAGCUGCCUCCAGCGAUGGCCCCUGCCUCGGCUCCCGCUGCCCCUGCAGCCUUGGACUCCACCGCUUCCAGCUUGACGUCCUACGACAGCGAGGUGGCCACCCUGACCCAAGCGGGUGCGUCCGAAGCCAAGGAGGCCCCCCACGUCAACUUCUCUUCCGUCGUCUCAUCCAUCGCCAUCCCUGCUGCAGAGGCCCCCGAAGCGGUGACCGAUUCGGGGAUCGAGGAGGUGGACAGUCGGAGCAGCAGCGACCACCACUUGGAGACCAUCAGCAGCGUCUCCACUCUGUCCAGCAUGUCGGGAGAAGGCACUGAGCUCCUGGACACCUACAUCACCUAUUUGGAUGGGCAGGCCUUUGGGGGCAGCGGCGGAGCAGGAGGGGUUGGCAGCGGGGGCAGCAGCACGGACAAAAGCCCGCUGCAGACCAAGCUACGCUCCCGCCCGUUCCCCGGCCGCUUGCCGGUAGCCACCCCCACCAGCUCCACCAUUUCAGUCUCCGCAUGUACUGAGAACAUGUUUGCCCUCACGCCCGCCCCGCCCUACCACCAGCAGCCCGCGGCCGCCGAGCCGGGCAAAGAGCUGCAGCAGAAAUCUCCGCUGCCCUGGGAGGAAUCUAAGGCCUCCCCCAUGUCCUCCAUGAAGGCCAGCAUUAUCAGCGAGCUGAGCACCAAGCUGCAGCAGAUGGGCGGGGUGUCGUGGUCGCGGCCGCCCGAUGCGGUGGCCCCCUUCGGUUCCGAGAGGCCCAGCUCCCUGCAGAGGCAAAGGCUCCCCGAUGAGACCUCCCCGUCACUGAUUUCCAAGCCCGUAAGCAGCCUUUUCCACAACUGGCCUAAGUCCCCCCAGGGCAGCAAGCACCCCAAAAGCGUGGAGUUUGACAUCCGCCCGGCCCUGCGGCGUGCGCCUAGCCCGGCCGCCCUGCCCAGUGAGCACAAGAUUAGCCCUGCCCCCCGGCCUUCCUCCCUCCCCAUCCUGCCUUCCGUGCCCCUCUACACCGGCGUGUUCGAUCUCCGCGGCUCACCCACCUCGGGGGCUGAGCACCCUUUCCCCGGCUUCCCCUCGGGCAGCCGCUCCUUGUCUCCGACCCACUUCCUUCCGCCCGCGACGGACAAGGCGUUCGGCUCCAAGCCGCUGCCUUUCUGGACCAAAUACGACGUUGCCGACUGGUUGGAGUACCUGAAGCUGGGGGAGCACCGCGACCGGUUCCUGGACAACGAAAUCGAUGGCUCCCACCUGCCCUCCCUCACCAAGGAAGACUUCAUUGACCUGGGCGUGACACGCGUCGGGCACCGCAUGAACAUCGCCCGGGCCCUCAAGUUCUUUCUGGAGAGGUGAUGUGGGGGGACCGCCCUGCCCCGCCCGGGGAGCCCCUCGCCUGAAUGUACAAUGGAUCCCCGCCGCUGGGGAGAACAGUGGAGGCGGAGGGGUUGCAGCUGCGGGGCCGGGCACAGGGGAAGCUGCGAGGAGAGACCCUGUGGGGUGGGGUUAGGGUAGGGUGGGAAUUCCCCCCCCCC